CGCUGAAUGCUACCACUGCACCGAAAUCUUUGGGACAUCAAACAACAGUAUCGUCAGCCCAUAGCGCUGCUGGACAAUACCCUGGACAACCUACCAACAAUGCCCACCAAUCCCAGAAUUUCCCCUCAUCUGAAAUGAGAUCACGAUCUCUUCCCAGAGCCCAACCUAAGACAGUCAAAGAAUCCCGACCGGACCCACCGAGUACACCUGCAGCAACGAAAACCACGCCUCAACGACCCCCAUUGCCGCAUGCCACAACCAGUCAAAUGAAUACCGAGUAUGUGAACAUGCUUCUUGCACUCGAUGGGAUUCCGCGACUGCAUAACAUGUAUGCAUCCUUCUUCACGUGGAUUUUGUUGGCGGGCUUUGUCUUGUUCCCUGGCACAUUCACAACAUGGCAAGAAAAAGGACAACAACAGGGACUAGGAAGCACGGUGACUGAGCUGAUAAAUGCUGUCCAAGACGUACCUUUAUACAUUAUCGCCUGGAUUUGCACGGGAAUUGGCGCUGCAGGUAUGCUUUGGCUCUGGUGGAGAUGGAGAAACAAUUACGUUUGGAUUGUGAACCGUAUUUUUGUCCCUGGGCUUCUAAAUUCUUUAGCAGGAAUAAUAUCAACAAUCACCAGCGUCUAUGGUGGGCACCAAGGAGAGUUUACUACGACGAGCAAAUCGACGAUCAUAGUGACAGCAGCUGUUGCUUUGGUUUGUGGUGUGUUGACAGGGUGGUAUCAAUUUUGGAAGCUGAGGCUUGUUAAAAAGCAGCACGACAAAGAGGUGGGCAGGGAGUUGACGGGAAAACACGGGGAGGGAGUUCUGAGCGGAUAGCGAAGACAGAAAGGCAGCUGGAAGCUUCGUGUCGUCCUUGGCGGCACGCGUUAUUUUGUGUUUUUAUCUUGUAAUGGUUAUUUCAUGUGUAGAUUUUGGGAUUCAAGAAUAUCGACCUCUACACGAAU